AUGUUCUCAAUACUGACUGUGUUCUUGAGCACUGUGGCCAUUGCCACGACCAGCUCAAUCGUUUACAAUCUCUACCUCAGCCCGCUUUCGAGAUUCCCAGGACCUGCAAUAUGCGCCGUCUCCCGUGUUCCCUACCUAUGGUACAAUUGGAAAGGCAAGCUUGUGCAUUGGGUCCACGGCCUCCACCUGAAAUACGGCGACGUGGUCCGCAUUGCCCCCGACGAGCUCACCUUCAUCAACGCCGAAGCGCAUAAGGAUAUCUACGGGUUGGGCUCUCGAAAUCUCAGAGACCGCCGGUUCUACGGAGAGACGCCAAAAGGUGUACAGGAUAUCCUGCGGUCUGAUGACAAGAACCACGCGCGAUUCCGUCGGGUGUUGAAUCAUUCCCUCUCCGAGCGGGCGAUACAGGAGAAACAGCCUAUGAUACGCUGGCAUGUUGACAAGCUUGUUGAGAAGAUCCGCUCCUCCUUCUCCUCCGCUGCUACUCCCACGCACGAGUUCGACAUGACGCGAUUCUAUGACCUGACGACGUUCGACAUAAUGGCGGAGCUCUGUUUCGGAGAGCCGCUUCAUAUGCACGAGAGCGACGAAUUCCAUGGCUGGAUGGAUAGCAUGUUCACGAUGAUCCGACACGCGGCUGUUUUCCGCACUGCGCAGUAUUUCCGAUGGACAUUGAUCUUUGUCCCCGUCGUGAUGGUCGUGCUGGGUCCUCUGAUGAAGAAGCAAGAGAGCUAUUUCAAGAAAUGCCAAGAGCGAGUCGAUCGCCGGAUGGAGUCGAAGCUGCCCCGGAAGGAUAUGUGGUCGCAUAUCAUCGACCUUCCGAAGGAAUUGCAGUUGACUCGCUCCGAGAUGCAUUUCAACUCGCAGAUCCUAAUGGUCGGAGGCACAGAGACCACAGCUACCCUUCUCGCUGGAAUGACCUACUACCUCCUCCGCAGCCCUAAGAUCAUGGAGAAGCUCUGCGCGGAAAUCCGCGACACGUUCAAGACCCAAUUAGAUAUCACCCUCAGCGCCCUGGCCAAGCUGGAAUAUCUCCAUGCCUGCGUUCUCGAGGGCCUUCGCAUCUUUCCCCCGGCUCCUAUGGGAAUGGCUCGUAUCACUCCACCCCAAGGAAAUGUUAUCUGCGGGCAUCAGAUCCCUGGUAAUACCGGAAUUUCCAUCUACGGAGGAUCCAUCGCAUGGAGCCCUAAGCAUUUCAAAAACCCCAACCAAUACGUCCCAGAGCGCUGGCUAAACGAUCCCGAAUACGCUCAGGAUAACCGAGCAGCUUUGCAACCAUUCUCAUAUGGACCGCGCAGUUGCGUUGGACAGACUUUCGCGUACCACGAAGCACGAAUUAUUCUGGCCACGCUCCUCUGGCAUUUUGACAUGUCCCUAUGCGAGGAGAGUAUCGGCUGGCCUGAUCAUCUGACUGUUUACAUGGGAUGGGAAAAAGAGCCUUUGAUGGUUCGUAUGCAGCCUAGGCAGGGUGCUUCUAUGGUGGGUUAG